UAGGAGAGCGGCGAGGGACCUGGGCCUUGCUCCGCGUCCAGGAUGGAGAGGGUCCGGGCGGCAUCCGGAGGAGACCACGCCGGGGCCGAGUUGCCAAUGGAGGCCUUGGAAAACCAGGUCCCGGGGCUGGAGGGGCCGCAGGCCCCCGGGGAGGAGAGACCGAAGAGUCCCGAGAGCGUCCCGGCCCCGGCCGUGCACGAGAUGACCGGCACGGGCCAGGGCCUCUCGGGCGGGAAGAAGCCGCCCUCGCCGCACCCCGCGCGCCUGCGGGUGCUGCCACCCAGCCUGGGCUACGGUGCCUUCCGCCGCCAGGUGUCCGCCAGCCCGGAGCCGCCGUCGCCGGGCCCCACUGCGGCCGAGCAGCUCCGGGACCGCGAGGCGGAGCUGGUGCCCUGGGCCGCGCCGGGGGAGCCGGCGCCCGGCACCUGGGCGCCGGUGGAGUUGCAGGUGGACGUGCGCGUGAAGCCCGUGGGCGCGGCCGGUGGCAGCCGCACGCCCUCGCCCGCGCCCUCCACGCGCUUCAUCACGGUGCCGGUACCCGAGUCCCCAGGCUUCUCCCGCCACGCCUCGCCGGUGUUCCCGAUCCCGCCGCUCACCGCCUCCUUGGGCAGCACGUCGGGCCGGGGCUCGCCGCUGGCCGCAGCCCGGAGCGAGCACUGCCGCGACGCCGAGGGCCGGGCCGACCCUGCAGUGGGGGGCGCAAAGUACUCGGCCUCCUCGAAGAGCCGCUGCCGCUUCAAGGAGCCGGAGGUGGAGAAGGAGGACACCGUGCUGCUGCACCGCGCCCCGGUGGACCUGAAGCUGCACCGGGCGAUCAAGCUCGUCGGGCUGCCGAUGUACAUGAGGUCCCUGCGCUGGGCCCUGGUGGUCAUGGCCGUGCUCUUGGCGGUGUCCACAGUCGCCAUUAUAGUCCUGGCCUCUGGAACAGGGAUCAGCUGCCAGCCAUGUGCCCAGGGCUGGCUGUGGUCCGGGAAGCACUGUUACUACCUCUCUGCCGAAGCUCAGGCCUGGGAAACCAGCCAGGUGUACUGCUCAGCCCACAAUGCCACCCUUGCCCUGAUGAGCCACACCCAGGACUUCCUGAGCAGAAGCCUAGCCAUCAAGCACUCCUGGGUGGGGGUCCAGAGAGGCCCCCGUGGCUGGCACUGGAUCGACAAAACCCCCCUGACACCCCCACUAGCCCCGAAGGAAGUGGAGGGCCAGCCGGAUCUCAGGUGCGGGGCUGUGGAUGAAGGCAAGCUUGUGGCUUUGGACUGCUCCUCUCCAAGACCCUUCGUCUGCGCCAAGGGGACCGAGUGACGUGGGUUUCACCCAUUCUGAGCCCGCUGGGGGCUCCCUGGAGCCAGGCUCCCAGGGCUCCCUGCUCCGAGCUCACAGGUCACCGCCCUGAGCGAGCCCGGGAGGUCCGGUUGCAGGGAGACCUCCUCCGGGCCAAAGGCUUUCUGCAGCCCUGGGGCCAAGUGCCCACUUCCGUGUCCAGCUGCUGAAGAGGACCUGUUCGGAGACCUUCAGAUGUUUGGCUUUUUAGCAUUUUAAGCCUAGGUCUCUUCCUCAUUAAAAUGGCCAUUUCCCGUGCUCUCCCUUCCCUGCUUCCCUGCAGUGCACACUCCUUCAGUCCUAGAGGAACAGAUCACAGGUGAGCCCAACCUGGGCUCUCAUCGGGCCCCCGGCGUAUGUUUUGCAUCAAGAAGGGUUGUCAGCAGGGACGUUGUUGCUGUCGAUGCCAGUUCCGGGCAGCUGGCACACGGCCAACCCAGCUGACGACCAGUGUCACAGCGAGUGAGAAGGUGUGGACCCCUGGAGGAGGAAGGCUGGCGUGACGCAGGGGAGACAGCCACCUGGGCAGGAGGAACCCAGCCUUGGCAGGGGGAAGUUCCUGCAAACUCGGGGUCCCAGCGAGAAAGGAAAUAUGGGGAAAUGUGGGUGGGUUCGAGGCAGCUCUUCCCACAGCUGCGGGGACGCCAGCCUGAAGGUGUCCUUGUGCUGGGGUUCGUGAAGGAUCCUCAGGGAGCGGCACCACAGGGGGCUGCAGGGGCUUGCGGGGCCUCCCCAGCCUGUAGAGACCUCUCCAACAACAGGAGACUGCACCUGGUGCUGAGCAUUCAACACAACUGUAGUACACGAACCAACCUUCUAAAGUCAGGCCACACACCCACAUUCCCCUCCGGGACGCCUGUGAUGUCCACUAAACCAGCAGCUUGUGCAGAACCUGCGGGCGCCUGGGGGAAAGACACGGGGAGUCCGAGAGGACGAGCAAUAAAAGCCUUGG